UCUGCGAAAAGGGGAAAUGAAAUAACCUGUUUUUUAAAAAGUGUAACAACGAAGCACCGGCGUGGGCGACCCGCUCACAGGGCGGCGGCGGAUGCUGCUGCUGUUGCUUCUCGACCUCUUUGAAAAGUUAUUCUGAGUGUGGUAUAGUGGUCGUUAAGGUGUUGGACUACGACCUGGGAGACCAGGGGUCGAAUCCCCACAUAGACAUGAAGCUCCCUGGGUGACCUUAGGCCAGUCGCUGCCUCUCAACCUCAUGAAACCCCUAUUCAUAGGGUUGCCAUAAGUCGGAAUCGACUUGACGGCAGUACAUUUACAUGUUAUGUAUAGGAAACCGCAGGGGAAGAGCGCGGCGCCUUUAAGAGCCAGCCACCUAGUCGGCUCCUCGUCUUGCCCAAGGCACAAAAAAGAAAAAAGGCUAACCCCAGCCAUUUGGAAAGUGUCCCCAGUCCCUGCAGGCGGUAACAUCACAACAACACAGAGCCGGCGCCGAGUUGCUCUUUAAAGGGAGAUCCUCCCCCAGGCAGUUUCGUCCUCCAUACCUUGUCGAUGCCGCUCUUUUUUGGAAGCGCUCGACCUUUGCAUGUUGCUCUGGGAGGCAUUCUUCCGUAGCCGCCCCCCGCAGCUCUGCCUCCAAUCCUCUGUUGCAGAAGCCAUGGAGGUUUUCCUUUGCUCCUCUUGUCACUUGGCUCUGUGGGACCCGGUGACCGUGUCGUGCGGCCAUUCCUUCUGCAGAAGAUGCCUGGGAGAAGCCUUGCCCUCCAAGUGUCGGCUCUGCGGGGAGAAAGUCGCCCUGCUGGGCUCGAGGACGGUGGCCUGCGACGUCCUGCUCUGCAACCUGAUGGAAAAAUGCUUGGAUAAAGACACCAAACUGGCCAGGUUGAAAAUCGACUUGCAGCAGCUGCUGAGGAGCGGAGACUACAGGGGAGCGUUGAGGACCCUUCGGAAAGGGGUCGCGCUGGCUCCAGAUGAUCUUGUGCUGAGGCUGUGCCGAUCAGAGGUGUAUGUGGCUUUACAGCAAUACCCAGAGGCUCUGGAGGAUUUGGAGGUGCUGUGCAGGCAAGACCCAGAAGAGUGUGAGGGCUUUUUUAGGAAAGGAAAGGCGCUCCUGGCAAUGGGAAAACAAUCUGAAGCCCUGCUGCAGUUCCAGCAUUGCCUCACACUGAAUUCCAAUUUCCAUGCUGCUCAAUGUGAAACCGAAAAGAUUCUCACAAAUGAUGCCUCUCCUCUUCCAGGCAGUAAUAUGGAGCUAAAGAGUGAUGCCAGUCAGAACUUGAAAGGGUCUAAUUCAGGGAAAGAACUAACUCUACUUGUGUCUUUUGAAGGCGAACCCCUACAAGAUUUGGACAUAAAAAAGGAAGUUUGGCUGGGAGAAGAUAUGUCUGAUCACAGCCAGGCAGCAUUUCCCAUACCAGAGUGGUUGAGAAAGAAGUCAACUUCAGGGUUUUUUGCAAAGAAGGAAAGGGAUUUUGAAGAAGGAGCAUCAGCAACUACAUCAGGAGCCAAGUCCGUCCAGGAGUUUAAACCAGACUUUAGGGAUCUCCUGAGUACAUCAGACUUGGAAUGCUCUCUUUGCAUACGAAUGUUCUUUGAGCCUGUGACCACACCUUGUGGCCACACUUUCUGCAAAGAAUGCCUGGAGCGUUGCUUAGAUCAUAGACCCAACUGUCCCCUUUGUAAGCAGAGUCUCAGAGAGUACCUGAGAGCUGGAAAAUACAACACCACAGUUCUGCUGGAGGAGCUCAUGAUGGCUGCCUUCCCUUCACAACUUGCAGAUAGGAAGCGGGUCCACCAGGCUGAAAUGGCAGAACUUUCAAACUUGACAAAGAGUAUCCCCAUCUUUGUGUGCACAAUGUCAUUUCCAGGCAUUGUGUGUCCCCUUCAUGUGUUUGAACCUCGCUACCGGCUCAUGAUGCGAAGAUGUCAGGAGACUGGCACAAAGAUGUUUGGCAUGUGUAUGUAUGAGAAUGGGAAGAGUUUUGCUGAUUAUGGCUGCAUGCUGGAGAUUCAGAAAAUAGCAUUUCUACCUGAUGGACGAUCUUUAGUGGAUACUAUAGGCAAACGGAGGUUCCAGGUUUUGAGACGGGGGCAUAGGGAUGGCUACAACACUGCUGAUAUUGAGUACCUGGAUGAUGAGAAGGUGGAAGGAGUAGAACUGGCUGAGCUUCAAACUUUGCAUGACUGCGCAUACCAACUAACCCAGAGAUUUUAUGAACAUGGAGACACCACUUUCAGACAGCUCUUGAUGCAUCAUGUACCCCUUCCUGAGAAAGAAGAAGAUAUACAGGCAUCUCCAGAUGGACCAGUUUGGUGUUGGUGGCUUAUCUCCAUUUUGCCCCUUGACUUGACUCACAAGUUGACAAUCUUUUCAGAUACCUCCCUGAAGUCUCGCCUUACCCAACUGAAGCAUAUUCUGAGUGUCAUUCUGGGAAGUCAUGACUACAACAGCUAAUUCUCAAACCUCAACCCAAGAAGAAAUUGUUUAUGUAUAUAUAUAUAUACUGCCACCAAUGUUUUUCUCUGGAGUUUGGGGUAAAGCCUUCACCUGUCCUUGUA